AUGGACUUGAUGAACCGGGUCUUCCAAGAUGUACUAGACAAUUGUGUGAUUGUAUUCAUCGAUGACAUCCUAAUUUAUUCAAAAUCAGAGAAGGAACAUGCGGUGCAUCUCAGGAUGGUUUUGCAGCGGUCGACAGAGAAGAAGCUAUAUGCAAAGUUUAGCAAGUGUGAGUUUUGGCUCUCACAAGUGGCCCUCUUAGGCCAUGUAGUUUCAGUUGAAGGGAUCAAGAUUGAUCCAUGUAAGUUAAAUACAGUAAUGGAAUGGGAAGCUCCCAAGAACGCGGGGGAGAUUCGUAGCUUCUUAGGAUUGGCCAGUUAUUAUCGACACUUUAUUGAGAAUUUCUCACGCAUAUCUACCUCCAUGACCAAAUUAACCCGAAAAAGAGUGAAAUUUGAUUGGUCUGAUGAGUGUGAGAAAAAUUUCCAGGAAUUGAAGCAGAAGUUGAGUUCAGCUCCAGUCUUAACAUUACCUGAUGGUACAAGGGAAUGA